AUGGACUCUACGCUGCAACCUUUGCUCGGAGAUCGUAUCACGGAGCUUAUUCGCCAGGGACCCUUCUCCCAGCACGAGGACGAGCCCCUCGUUUCUAGGUGGAAAAGAUCCGCUCGCGACUUCCUUACUUCUCGAUGGGGCCAUUAUCUCGUGCUUCUGCUGAUCACUAUUGAUGUCUGUUGUGGGUUUUCCGAAUUCUUGAUUCAGUUGCAUGUCUGCGAGUCGAAGGAAAGGCACCAUCGCAUUGAUAGGAGAUGGGGUGUCACUGAGGAGGCUCUCGGUAUCACUGGUCUUGUAAUCUCAUGUCUUUUUAUGCUGGAAUUGAUUGUGGCGGUUCUCAGCUUUGGAAUAGGCUACUUCUCGAGCUGGUUCCACAUUUUCGAUUCCUUGGUGAUAAUCGUCGCCUUCGUCAUCGAAAUUGCACUUCAGGGACUGGAAGAAGAGUUGGGCUCUCUUGUUGUUGUUUUGCGUCUCUGGCGCGUGUUCCAGAUUAUUGAGGAACUAAGAUCUGCUAGCGAAGACUCAAUGGAAAAAUACGAGGAUGAGAUCGAGAGACUUCGUCAAGAGAAUGCUAGUCUCAAACAGAGACUCAACCUGGAUAUAGGGGGAAAUGAGGAUAUGCCGUGA